GUAGCAGACAUUGGCAGAAGUCCGAGUUUGGGCUUGUGGUCGAAGUGGCAGCAGCGCACUGACGUGCCUGACGACGGUGUUGUACAGUCGCUGCUGCACUUACAGCAAACGUCGGCGAGACCUUUGCUGACGGCGACAAGUCGGUGGUAGUUGUCGUUGCUACACAUCAUUUCCUUCCUGAUUCCGGGACGACUAGUUGCAGACCGAUGUCUGUGAAAGACACCAGUUCAAGUCCUUCCACAAUGGCAGUGGUGUAGGCGACAAUGGCACCUUUCCUGGGAUCGCUGUUCUUGUUGUGUAUGAUGACCAGACCUUGUUGGGGAGUGACAGACAGCGAUGUUGCCCGCCGCUUCGUUCUAAACCCAGAGCCGCUCACCUGGGAUCAGGCCUCAGACAGGUGCGCCAUGCUGAAUGGAACUCUGGCUACUAUUGACCACAUGGACACAAUCCCUAACUUCGAGUUAUCAGGGGAGUGGACAAUGUGGGUUGGACUGAAGGUUGUGCCCUCUGUAAACAUGACGUGGCAAGAUGGUGGAGAUGUGUUGUGGAGCAACUGGAAGGAUGAGCCCAACAUGAACAUCACCAACAUGACCUGUACAUCUGCUGUCUCAGCUUUCCCUUACUCCUGGCGUCCGAGACCAUGUACGGAUCUUCUUCCAUCGCUGUGCCAGAUUCUCGAAGGGCAUUGCCACUUCACGGUGACCCCUCGGGCCAGUGUCACGGCCUACAACAACCUCAUCAAGAUUGAUAUCAGCAAGGAGGACUGUCUGGAGCUCUGUAGGACUACCCAGGACUUCGACUGCCGCUCCGUUGAGGUUCACAGAUCCUUCGAUGUCUGCCAACUGAGUGCCGAGUCCCGAUGGUCACAGCCCAGGGCAUUCGGGACCAGCGACCGUGACUGGGACUACUAUCACUGGACCUGCAUCAAUGGGUCAUACAGUGGAGAACAUACAACAGAGAGCGAUAACAACGAUAACAGCUAUAACAACAUGUCCACAGAGUCCACGCCGCCGUUAUCUUCGACCUCUGAGUCAGCGUCCACAAGUCCUCUGACCACAACAGAAUCGGAAGGGCAGUUGGUUUGUGUUGUUGUCAGACAAACAUCCGACAACACCUCAGGAGUGAUAAGGCAGGAAGUCCAGGAACUAAAGGACCUGAGUUAUGUCAUCAAACAACAGCAAAAGAUCAAGAAAAAGGUGACUGUGUCUGAUCCUCGGGUAUCGGCCACCUACGUAGGGUCACUGGCUGUGGGCGUGUCACUAGCUGUGCUGGGUGUCAUCGUCAUCAUCGACCUGAUGAGCCUGCCCAAGCACUUCCGGGAGAUGCAGAAGCACGGGUCGCUGUGUGGCCGGUGUCAGAAGGCCAGAAGGAAGAAGAAAUCCAGGAAGGCAGCUGCCGCAAGGAGCGCGGAGUUCUCAGACCGCCGACUCAGAGCCGACGCUGUCUUCAUAGUCCGAUCCCCAGACCAGGAGAACUGUCCACGACCUCCCACCGCCCACCAGGAGAACCUCGAAAACAUGUGUUUCCAAAGGGAGAUCACGCUGGUUGCUGACAGUGUCAACAUGGCCGACGGCGGAAAUAGCACAGAUUACAUUGCAGAAGCCGGAAACGGAUCCAAAACAUUAGAAUCUUGCCUUAUGGGGGACGAGGAGAAGGGAUGUGCAAGUUCCGGUCUCUAUGUGGAUAACGGGGUUGUCUGUGACGUAAAAAACAGAGAAGGCGCUGCCGAUACCUACGUCAGAAAUACGACAAUCGACUAUGACGUCAGAAACACGACUUGCGUGCCCUCCAGUGACGUCAGAAAUAUGACGUGGGAGGGGAACAUUGGUUGAAGACGUGUUGGAACAUUUGUCACUGCAACUGUUUAGCAGAUUGUGGAGACUGAAUGUCGAUAAAAGACUGCAAGUGGAGACACCGGUCUUAACAGUUGGGGAGGUUGAACAAACAAACAAACAAACAAACAAACAAACAAACAAACAAACAAACAAACAAACAAACAAACAAACAAACAAACAAACAAAAUAAGUAAAGAACAUAACAGCGACUUCGUGGAUUAAAACAGUUUGUACAACAUUUGGCAUAGAAAUACUUAUAAUCCCAGAUAAAAGUUACGGCCAACUGAUGUUGAGAGUAAUGAGAUUUUUAUAAACAGA